GACAGACAAUUUUCGUUGGACCACAUCACAUGUAAGGUUUAAACCUGCAAUCUACUUCCAAUAAGAACACACACAAAUCAUCACUUCCUCAAACCUUCCAAACUUCGACUUAUACUGAAAAAACCAUUCUCCUCUUCUCUUCUCUUCUCUUCUCUUCUCUUCUCCAAACAAGUACAAAAAAAUGGAACCAAAUGUAACAAAAAAAUUCGACCUAAUAAUCCUAGGAGCAUCAGGUUUCACAGGCAAAUACGUUCUCAAACAAACUCUCAAAUUCCUCAACAACCAAUCAUCUCUCAAUUCCAUAGCAAUCGCGGGCCGAAACCCAACUAAAUUAGCCCAAACCCUUCAAUGGGCUUCAAAGCCCAACCCACCACCCACUCUUCCCAUUCUCACCGCCGACACAACCGACCCAACCUCCCUCCGUUCCCUCUGUUCCCAAACUCGCCUCAUCCUCAAUUGCGUCGGACCAUUUCGUCUCCAUGGCGAACCAGUCGUCGCGGCAUGCGCCGAUUCGGGUUGCGAUUAUCUCGAUAUUUGCGGCGAACCGGAGUUUAUGGAGAGAAUGGAAGGGAAUUAUCAUGAAAGAGCAGUUGAGAGUGGUUCGUUGGUGAUUUCGGCUUGUGGUUUUGAUUCGGUUCCGGCUGAGUUAGGGUUUUUGUUUAAUUCGGUUCAGUGGGUUGGUUCGGAGGUGUUGAACCGGGUUGAGGCUUAUGUUAGUUUGGAAUCUGAGAAGAGAAUGGUGGGGAAUUUUGCUACUUAUGAAUCUGCGGUUCUUGGUGUUGCUAAUGCUCAUAAUUUGCAAGCUUUUAGAAGGUCUAGACCAAGAAGACCUAGGCCUCAGAUUCCUGGGCCCUCUCCUUCAAAAGGAGAGACUAUAGAACACCAGAAGAAAAUCGGCCUUUGGUCAGUUGUGCUACCUUCAGCAGAUGCAAGCGUUGUUCGAAGAACACUUUCAACUCUAACUGAAAACCCCAAUGGUCUCCCCGGGUCGAACGAAAGUUCCGAGACAGUAGCUAAAAGAGAAGCUUUCUGGUCAUCUGUGAAACCAGCUCAUUUUGGUGUGAAAAUAGGUGAAAAAUCUUUGUUGGGAAUUUUAAGAAUCAUUAUGGUUGGGAUUUUCAUUGGCCUUUUAGGAAACAACAGUUUCGGACGACGACUUCUUUUGAAAUUUCCUUGGUUGUUUAGUCUCGGUUGGUUCAAGAAGAAUGGCCCUACCGAAGAAGAAGUGGAAAGCGCUUCAUUCAAGAUGUGGUUCGUUGGACGAGGUUAUAGUAAUGAGAGUCUUGCUUCACAAGGAAACACAAAACCUGACUUGGAAAUUGUAACAAGAGUAACGGGCCCUGAAAUUGGAUAUGUAGCAACCCCAAUAAUUAUUGUUCAGUGUGCUCUCAUUCUUCUCAGCCAGCGCAACAACCUACCUAAAGGAGGUGUUUACCCUCCAGGGAUCGUAUUCGGUCCUACUGAUCUCCAGCAGAGGCUUCAACAAAAUGGAAUAUCCUUUGAUGUCGUCUCGAAAAGUACCAUUUCUUCUUGAACUUGUAAGUUUCUUCCCACGUUUAUCAGGAGUGAAAUAUACUGCUCAGAAAUGAAUUAGACAACCAAGUAGAAAGAGGCUUUGUAUCUGUGUUUUCAUUUAAACAAAUAAAUUAGAAAAGGGAUAACUUUAUAGCUGUUUUGUUUGACUGUGUUUUAUAAUAAUAAUAAUCAUAUAGUAUACUAUAGUUAUACUCAGACAAUUCAAUGUGUGACUUAGUUGUUUGUAAAACUCCAUCACUCCGAUGAUGGAGAAAGCACGAAAAGCAAGUUGAAGGUUAAAAAAUCCAGAUUGUUUACCCAAA